GUUCACACACAGAGCACUAGAUACUAUCACACACACACACACCUCCUCUUCUUUAAAGCCAUGGCCUUUCUUCUUCGGCGACUUUGACCCUCACGUAUAUUUAGAGCUCACCCACCUCAGCUUUCUCAAAAUCUUCAAAAGCUCUGUUAUUUAAUUAUCUUUUUCUUUAUAUUUUCUCUUCUUUUCUUUUUUUUUCAAGUCAAAUGGCCGAUGUUUAUCGAUUACCAUUCCAUUCACUGCGUUUCUCUUCGUCUCUGCCCACCUCCUUCACCUCCUCCUUCAAUUCUCUCCAACCGGGCCUCCCACCCAAUCAAAACCCAUAUAAAAGGGUUUAUCCUCUUUCAUAUUCGUCUGUUACUCGCGUUGCUUUCAGACCCAGAAAACAGUUGGUGCAUUUCAAGGUACAGGCAGCUGUUGCUGAAAAAGACAGAGACCAGCCAAAAUGGUGGGAAAGAAGUGUUCCAAAUAUGGUUGACAUUCAUUCUACACAAGAAUUUUUGAGUGCUUUAGGCCAAGCUGGUGAUAGAUUAGUUAUUGUCGAAUUCUAUGGGACUUGGUGUGCUUCUUGCCGUGCAUUAUUUCCUAAGCUCUGCAGAACAGCUGAAGACCACCCUGAGAUUUUAUUCCUGAAAGUGAAUUUUGACGAGAACAAGCCAAUGUGCAAAAGUAUGAACGUGAAGGUACUUCCCUAUUUCCACUUUUAUCGUGGAGCUGAGGGACAGCUUGAAUCCUUUUCGUGUUCACUUGCUAAGUUCCAGAAGUUAAAGGAUGCUAUUGCAUUACACAACACAGCUCGUUGCAGCAUCGGCCCUCCAAAGGGAGUCGGAGAUCUUAUACUGGAACCUUCCUCAGUUCCAAAGGACAAGCCCUCGGAAUCUGCUUCAUCAUAGAACUUCUUCAACUCAAUCAAUUGUAUUUAAGAAAAUCCGUCCAUAGUAUCAAACCCCACAAUAGUCAGCUUGAGCUUGGUACUUGUGUUCUGUAUAUUUGCUCCCUCUCCCUACGCAAAACAACGCAAAGCACAAGUUGCUGUUCUGCCACAUUCUUUGUCAUUCUUAUUCUGGAUGUCAUGUAUUUACUUGAAAAUUCUGUGGACAAAGACGUUCCAGGUUCAUAAUAUAUGAUAUGAGUGAUUCUUUCUUUCUCCAAGUUUA